GCUUUCCCACAAUGCCCAUAUUUAGCACAGAGUGACAGUUGCUGCUGCUGAGGUAGUUGAUGGUUAUACACUAUCAAUGAAAGAGUGUUAAUGUGUCACCAUGGUUUGAAAUAUAGCAAAAAUAGUAGUUUUAAAACUAAAGGUGGUUUAGUGUGCAGUUAAUUAUUCAAUUCGUAUGGAGAAUCGGGAAAAACGAUAAAUGUAGCGUCUCUCUCUGCAGCAGAAACGACAUCAGUUUUCGCAGAAACGACAACCGUGAAAGUGUAAAUAAAUUUCGUGUUAUUUCCAUUUCAUUAACAGUUAUUGGAGGUAUGGAUAAUUUUGCGAUAUUAGUUUAUUACAGGUCUAACAAUGUUUUACCUGGUCUUCAAUAGGACACUUAAACCUUUCAUUAACAAAAAAUAUCAAUAAGUAUAAAUAGGAGAGGAUAAAAAGAGUUGAGAUAUUCUAUACAUUGUCACAGCUUAAGUUAAUAUUUAGCUAUUGGAUUAUGAUAGAGAUAUACAGAUAGACUAGUAGUUGACUUACUUGUAGAUUUAAUUAUUGUACAAAACAUUUUACACUUACUACUGAAUUAAGCUGAAAACAUGGCUGGAUAUAUUAGAAUUUCAGUUUUGCUAGUGAUAGGAAUAACUAUAGCAGGACAGUUGGGGACUGUUGAGUCUGCUCAGGCCAGUAACAAAACAUGUACGCGAGACUCUGAAGAAUGCAGGAAAGGCAUGAUUAUUCCAAUGUGGGAGCCAGUUGGGGAUUUAAGCCCAGGUGAUAAGGCAGCCCGUGCAAUAGUUUACAUGGCAGCAAUGAUAUACAUGUUUCUUGGCGUGUCUAUUGUCGCAGAUAGAUUCAUGGCCUCUAUAGAAGUUAUUACAUCAAAAGAAAAAGAUGUAACUGUGAAAAGAGCUGACGGCAGCACGCAGGUUGUAAGUGUUAGAAUAUGGAAUGAAACUGUUUCAAACUUGACUUUGAUGGCUCUUGGUUCUUCUGCACCAGAAAUUUUAUUGUCUGUUAUUGAAAUUGUUUUCAUGAAUAACUUUAAAGCUGGUGACCUAGGUCCAAGUACCAUUGUUGGCAGUGCAGCAUUCAACCUUUUUAUCAUCAUGGCUUUAUGUGUGUCCUGCCUCCCUGGUGAAGAGGUUCGAAGGGUGAAGCAUUUGCGUGUCUUCACACUUACUGCCACCUGGAGUAUUUUUGCAUAUUUAUGGCUGUACUUUAUUCUUUCUGUAACAAGUUAUGGUGUUGUCGAUAUAUGGGAAGCUGUUGUAACCUUUCUUUUCUUUCCUGUAACUGUAUUUACAGCAUAUGUUGCAGAUAAACAAAUUUUUGUUUACAAAUUUUUGUCAAAGAAAUACCGAUCAAGCAAGCAACGUGGUGUUGUAAUAUCAAGUGAAGGUGAUACAGAACUAGGUAAAGCAAAUCAUGUUGGUGAUGAUGUUGUAUUUAAAGGUAUGGAAAGUCAGGACAGUGAUGUUAGAGAAUUUGAAAAUCAUCGUAAAGAAUUCAUGGAAAUUCUGCGUGACCUUAGAAAGAAAAAUCCAAAUACAGAUAUGAAAACCUUGGAGGAAAUGGCAGAACUUGAAGCUAUUAACCGUGGGCCAAAGAGCAGAGCUUUUUAUCGUAUUCAGGCUACCAGAAAACUAACUGGCAGUGGCAAUGUUAUCAAAAAGUCCAAAAUAGAGAAGAAAGCAAGUCUAGAAGAUGUGAGAGUAGAUUUUGAAGAUGAAAGCAUUACAAGAGUAUUUUUUGACCCUGGGCAUUACACUGUUAUGGAAAAUGUUGGUACUUUCAAUUUGACGGUAUCGAGAACCGGAGGUGACUUAUCAAAAACACUCUACGUUGACUACAAAACUGAGGAUGGCACUGCUAAUGCAGGUUCAGACUAUGAAUACACUGAAGGCACUCUAAUUUUCUACCCAAAUGAGUUGCACAAGCAAUUUCCACUUACUGUUAUUGAUGACGAUCUAUUUGAAGAAGAUGAGCAUUUGUAUGUCCGUUUGAGCAAUCUUCGAGUUGGUGAUUCUGAUGGCACGCAUGACAACUCUGAUGUCAAGCUUGGUACCCCAUUCCUCGCAACAGUCAUGAUUUUAGAUGAUGAUCAUCCGGGUAUCUUCCAUUUUGAAGACAAGGAGCUACGAAUAUCUGAAGCUAUUGGUGAAGUGGACAUUAAAGUUAUGCGUUCGUCAGGUGCACGUGGCACAGUGAAAGUACCCUACUUUACAAAAGACGGAUCGGCAAAAGGUGGCAAGGACUAUGAACCUGUUCAGAGUGAACUUAUCUUCUCAAAUGAUGAAACUGAGAAAUUUAUCAAGGUUAGAAUCUUUGAUGAUGAAGAGUAUGAAAAGAAUGAAGAGUUCUUUGUGGAGCUUGGGGAGCCAUCAUUGACCAGAAGAGGAUCAGAAUAUGAGCCAGAGUAUGAUCUCAACAUCAGAUUUAAUCAGAUCAAGGUGAAAGGUCAGAUAUAUAGAAAUGUCAAGGACAAUUCACAGAUGAGUACAAGCUGGUUAAAGAAACAGAUAAUGAAGGUCAAGGCUAAAGAACAGAACAGUAAGGUCAUCAUUAAAGCAAAUAAGGAAGGUCAAGGUAAGGGUAAAUCUCCAGAUGCAGACUCCGGCGCUAUAAUCAACAGUACAGAAGAUGAGCAACUGCAGGAACUCGGCAAACCAAGGCUUGGUGAUCUUGUCAAAAUUCAAAUCUCCAUUAAAGAGUCCCAGGAAUUUAAG